AUGAAAAUAUUAUCAUUUUGUUUUUUGUUUAUUUGGGCUUAUAUAAUAUUUGUCACAUAUAUUAAUUGUAUAUAUUACAUAAAUUUUAACAAUAUAUUAUCAUUUAAUAUACAAAAAAAUAAUAACUAUUUUCAAUGUUUCCGAAAUGAAUAUAUAGAAGAAUACAAGCAUUUUAAAAAAGGAAAUUCUAUAUUUUUCAAAAUACAAAAUAUAAAUAAUUUUAAGACUUGUGACAAAAUAAAUCAAUUGAUGUCCCCUAAAAACAUUUCAAUAAAUAAUGAUAUAAAAAAUAUCAAAUACAACUACAAAAAUAAUAAAUGUUAUUUAAUGUGCUAUGAUGCCUUUCAUAAUUUUUAUUAUUCAGAAAAAAACGAAAAUUUAAAAAAAAAAUUAAAAAAAAAUAAUGCUUGCAAUAAUUACAUAAUAAAUUUAAAUCAAGAAAAUUUUGACCAAAUAUAUAAAUAUGAUACACAAGAAAUUGAAAGUAUAUUAUAUUUUCUGAAAAUUUACACAAAAAUUAUUAAUCAUGAUACAAUAAAAAUAGUGAGGAAUGUUCAUUUUUUCAAACUCACAAUUUUGGAUCUAAGAAAUUCAAAGGUUCAUAAAAUCGAAGAAAUACUUAUUAGUAGUAAAACUGAAAAGGUAACUGAAAUAGACAAAAACAAUCAAAAUUUAUUUUAUUUUUUCAAUAUUGAAAAUGAAAUAAAUGAAGAAUCUUGUGAAUAUAAUUUUGUUGAUAAAGGAAAUAAUUUUGAGUUAAUUCAUGAAAUAUAUAGUUAUAAUAUACAUAGUUAUAUAACGAACAUAUCCAAUAGGUUAUUAUUAAAACCUGUAUAUAUAGAUACCAUAAACAAAUAUGAAACUUUUUUAUCUUAUAAUAUAGAUAACAACAACAUAUAUAUCAAUAAUUACAUAAAUCAUAACAAAUAUUAUAGUAUUCUAAAAAGAGAUGAAAAAUAUGCUUCCAAUAAUAUACAUAUAAAUAAAGGGAAUGAGCUCAAAACUGUCGAAAAAAAUAACAGCAAAAAUAACCUUACAUUUUGUAAAAAUACAACAAUAAAAAACAUUGAUAAUUAUGUAAAUUUUGUGAAGAAAUAUUUACUAUAUAAAUUAUAUAAUAAUGAACAAAGUGUUAAUAAACGUGAAAAAAAGAACAAUGCAUAUAUAGUAACAAAUGGAAAAUUUUUAUUUUUGCAAAAUUAUUAUUACAAUAAUUUUGUUUUGAAAAAGAAUAAAACAAAUUCUGAUAUGAAGAACGAUAUAAAAAAAAGUGUCCCUAUUUUUAAAAAGGAAUUAAUCAUAUUUGAUUAUUUAAAAAAAAAUAUAUCCUACAUUAUCAUUAAUGAAAAUGGCCAACGUCAUUACAACUAUUCAGUAACCAUAAAAAAUAAUAUCGUUGAUUUGAAAAACGUUCAUGCUCAUGAUUUUAAAAGGUUUAGCUAUUUUAACAAACUAUAUAAAGUUUUGGACAUAAAUCAUAGCAAACAAAUAAAGAGUAAGCACAAUAGCAAAAAUAGAAAAAAACUAAAAAAACAUUACAACAUGCAAAAUGACUCUACAUGCGUAUAUCCACAAUAUAACGAACAUGAGCAAGAAAAAUCCUUCUUUGAUAAUAAUGGCAAUCAUUUUUGCUAUUUUAAAAAUAUGGGCUUAAAUACAUGCACAUUGGGAAAUGAAUACACCUCACUAAAAACAAAAAUUGUAAUACUAGACAAACAAAUUAGUACACUAGAAGUUAUAGUAAAAAAAACAAACAAAGCAUACAUGGAUAAUUAUUUAAAAGCUAAAAAUAAAAGUAAUAGAAAUAUUUUGUCCACAAACAAAGAUUUCAAUUAUAGAAAAGAAAUCAAAAAAAAUAUGAACAUCGCAAGAAAAAAAAAAAAUUUAAGUCAUGAUGACACAAAAAAAUAUGAACAAGUCAGCCAAAAAACGUAUAAAAAUUAUGAACACAAUAAUAUUUACCAAAUUAACACAUUUAAUAGUUUAUGGCGUGAAAUAAACAAAUACUUAUAUAUAAUGUACGUAAUAAUUGCAAACAAUAUUAACAAUUAUAUUUUUCAAUUAAUUGAUGCGUUUAGACAAUAUAAAUUUUAUACUAAUAAUAUAAAAUAUGAACACACACAAAAUAUUAUAUCAUAUAGUUAUAAACCAGAAAAAGAAAUUGAUAAACAUUUUAUAUACAAAAUUUUAUUUACUAUUUUGAAAGAUAUUGAAUUUGUAAACUUUUUUAACACACCCGAAAAAAAUGAGGAUAAUCAUAAUUUAAAAGAUUUUAAUGUUUGUAAAUUUGAUUAUAUAGAAAAUUUUAAAGCAAAAUCAAUAAAUCCAUUUAUCACGAAAAAAAAAAAUAUGAUUUCUAAUACUUGUAUUGACAUAAAUUUAACAAUAAAACUGUCACGUUGUUAUUUUGUCAGCUAUGAAAUGGGAGAUUAUUUGAUCCAAGUAAACAAGAAAAUAAAAAUAGAUGAUGAUGAUGAUAAUAAAAUCGAGGAAAUUAUUAUUGAUUCGAUUAUAUCAGAACAUGAGAAAAAAGUUAUAGAAAAUAUGAAAGCACGUUUAAAUUAUUCAAUAGAUUUUCCUUUAUAUCUUAAUAAAAUAUAUCCAGAUAUAUAUAACACCGAUUGCAAUAUAUUUAAUAAAUUAAAAUGGGUAUUAAGUAUAUUUUUAAUACCUUCAUGGGUAAUAAUUAUUUUAAUAUAUAUAAUAAUGUCACAAGAAAUUUGGAGGCAUGAAUUAUUAAAUCCAUUACACAAAUUAUUAUUAUCCCCUUCAAUUAUACGAUUAUCAUCAUUUAUCAUUUUAUUAAUAUUUUGUAAUUUUCAUUGUUAUUAUAUGUAUAAUAAAAUUAUGGAAUAUGCUAUACUAGCAUUUAUGACACUAAAUACUUUAUUCAAUACUCUAUUUUUUGGCAACCUUUUAUUAAUUAGCAAGGGGUAUAUGAUAACACGAAGAUAUUUCAGCAAACACGAAUGCUUAUUUUUGACAUUAACGAUUUGUUAUAUAUAUAUUUUAAUAUCAUUUAAUCAAUUAAAUAUUGUAAAUGACACAUAUAUGCUAAUUUAUUUGCAUUCAUUUUUAUUAUGUAUGAUUGUCGCAAAUAUAUUUUCUAUUAUAAAUUUUUUAAACGAAAAAUUAGCAUAUGUAAGAAAUAUAGGAAUGUAUAAUUGGGAACGAUCUAUAUAUAUUAAGAUUAAUAUGUAUAAACAUUAUCUUUUUAUUGUUAUCAUAUUUUUUUUAUUUGAAAUGAUUAUGCAUAUUCUUAAUAUCACUUUAAUAGUACUUUCAAGAAACAUUGCUUUAAUUCAAUAUACCAUAGAAUUUAUUAUGUGGGCUUCCGUAUUAUAUAUAUUCAGAUAUCGAGAAGACGUUUUAUAUUAUUCCAUUUUAUAUGGAAAUAAUCCUAUUAAAACUAUACCGUUAUAUAUAUGUAAUUAUAAAGAGGAAUCUAAAAAUGCAGAAUUUGAUAUAGAGAUAAAGAAAGAAAAAUAUAAUAUACCUUUAAUUAUUUUAAACCCAUUAGAAUUUCCAAAUCAAAAUUUGUUAUCAUCUUUGGAUGUCGGAUGGAUAAUUAGAUAUCACUACCAACAAUUAAACAUUUGA